AUGCUCAGCGUGUUCCUCAUCUAUCUACUGUCUAACUUAGUUACCUCGACGUCUGCACAUGCAGCGAUCUUCCACCCGAGCAUGUGGGGCUUCAACGUCACGCAACAGACGUUCUCCUACGACAACAGGCCCGUUGCACCGUUGGUGAACUAUACGUUUGAGCAAUGGUGGUUUCACGGCCAUCUCGGCUACCCACCCAAUGCAGGCGAUAUGUUUUCGCUUCCCGCAGGUGCACGCGCGACCGCGGAGAUAGCAUGCGACAAGGGCGCAACUUCGUACUUCGCAUCCGCCCCCGGUGGCGACAUACGUAGUGGCGACGAUCCGUGCCCCGGUUCCCCACCGUCGGCGUACCAUACGACGGGCAUUAACGACCUCAAGGGAUGCGCGCUAGCCAUUGCAUAUGAGAGCGAUGUGAGGAACGUGAAACCGGGGGACUUUGUAGUGUUCAGUGUGAACCAGACGUGCGUGUGGACGCGCUUCACCGAUUUCCAGGUCCCGGCGCGCAUGCCGCCUUGUCCGGAAGGCGGAUGCAUUUGUUCGUUCUUCUGGAUCCACUCGCCUGAUAGUGGGAGUGAACAAAAUUACAUGAACGGCUUCCGGUGCAACAUCACCGGCUCCACAUCCUCCGUCGCGCUCGCUACUUCUCAAGUCGCACGGCGCUGCGGUGCAGACCCUGCAAAUGGCAAGCCCAACGCCGCACCGGGAAACUGCACGUACGGUGCGAAGCAGCCGCUGUAUUGGUUCCAAGCCGAGGACAAUAACAUGUUCGAGGGCACGUAUUCGCCGCCAUUCUAUAACGACCUGUAUAAUCUCGUGGACGGUUCUCAGAAUGACAUUUUCGCAGAUUCAUACCCGGGCGGGAUUCUGCCGCCCAGCGCAAACUCGACUGUCGUGCCCACGCCAUAUUUGGGCAAUGCUGGUGCACCCUCUGCCACCUCGGCGCCGUUUUCCUCAAUUUCGGCAUCCAUCGGGCCCACUGCGCGGGCCUCUGCUACUCCGACAUGCUCUUUACGGCGGGAUGCGUUGUCCUCGAGCAGGAACCAGGGCUUUUUCUGGAUAUGGAGCAGGCGCGAUCAGAGUGUGGGCGGGAACUCGCCGUCUAUGGGGCGACAGCGCAUGUACGACCGACGAAGCUUGUGGUGGCCCUUCUGA